CAGCCUGCCUGGAGCACCUCCUGCCUCCUUCCUCCCUGAUGUUGCCUUUUGAACAGCUGUUUCUCUCACACAUUCUCACUCCCCUCUUUCUUUUGCUGUUGUGCAGCAUCUUUACUUUUUCUUAAAUAUGCCAUCACAGAGGCACUACCACCAUUGAUGCUGGAUUCUGCUUUGGCCAGUGGUGGGUCCUCGGAGCCAUUUGGUUCUGUACAACAUGGGGCCAGUAUUCGGUGUCUUCCCAGAGAAACCAACCUUGCAGCCCCUGCCCUCUGCUACCACACUGUUGUGCAUAAACCACAUAGAAGGGUGCUUUGAUCUAUCAGGAAACUACCUACAAAUCAGUAACAUCUGAAGGUAUAAAAUUUGAAUUAGAAAAAUCUCACUUUCAGAUGUUUUUAUGCAAACCAAUCAACCACUGUAAUAAACAAGCAAAGGAAGUCAUCUCCAUUAUUACUGUGUGGAAGUUCAGAUGCAUUUCCAGGAACUUGUACUUUAGUCACAAAUAGCCAGGUUAGAUGAACAAGUAAACCAGUGAAAUUCAUUGCCUUAUGCCACAGAUAUGCCAAACUUUUACUGUUACACACAGAGAGAAACAAAAAUUCUCAUGUACCAGGAUUAGCUCAUUUUCCCUACAAAAUGCAGAAAUUGCCUCCUCAACUAUUCAUUUCCUUUCCAAAAGCAGAAACUCCUCCAUAAAUAAUAACUGCAUCUGCAAAACUCCUUUCUAGCAUAUGCCUUUCAGAUGACACAAACAUCCCCUUAUACACACACCCCUUCUUCACUUUGUGGGACCUGAGGCUCUUUGCCAAACUGUUGGAAAGAAAAUGCAAAUGUAUGAACCAGAAAUGCUCCAGCAGAUACUGGCACCUAAUUCGCAAAGAGGACUGUAUCUUAAGUCAUACCUUUUCCUUUAGCAGCGAGCUGAGGCUGUUUCCUCAUUAAUACAUUGGCCACUAUAAAUCUUAAUCUUAAAAGCCAAACUGCCUUUGUGUUUCUGCUUAACUGAUUGUCUAUCCCAGCUGCAACCAGGACCCUGAUGCCAAUAAGUAUCACAGUCAGGCCCCACAACCGAGCUGGGAACUGAAACAGCUCCAAGAAUCUCACUGCAGAACUUCUUUUGUGACUUGUUAUGUUUCAUCGCCAUGGUCACGCACAGCUUACAAUCAGCAGCAUUCCUUAGAGAGCACAGGCUGGCAAUCAGCAAAUGCUGUCAAAUAGAGCGGGAGCAGCAAGCCACGAGAAGCUAUCUGGAAAAUCCAUGAAGACCACAGGAGCAGGGAAGGACUGAUACCUUCUCAGCAAGAGACAAGCCAGAGACAGAACAACUCGUAAAAACACAGAAAACCAAGGCAUGGUUACCAAUGUACUCUGACAAAGUUGUAACAUCUUCCUCAUGAUAGAUUUGCCAGUGUUUGAUACUCACAGUGUGGACUAUGGCAUCCAAGACAAAGCAGAAGAAACAAGACACCACACGUGCUGGGAAAAAUAAGCAAGAAAUAACAACCAAGAAUGGAGAUACAUGCAAAGAAGUAAGUGACAUGGAAAUACUUGCCCAAGAGAGAAAAACAUACUUGCAGAAGGAAUACAAGGUUGUUACUGAACAUAUGAACACAUAUAUGGGAAGGAUGGAGUAUUUCAUGCAGGAAAAUAAAAUUCUAGAAAAGGAAGCCCAACAGAAUCAGGAAGAGGGCAAUGCUUACCUCUCUUACAUAAAAAAACACAGCCAGAAGUGCCAGGAUCUGAUAAUAACAUUAAAUGACCAGAAUCACGCUGAUCUGUCUGAAAUUGGGAUGCAGAAAGAUAAGCUCAUUUCACAAUACACAGAAAAAGAAAAGGAUGUAAGGAGCAAUCUGAUAAACAUGGAGUCAAAGUACUCUCUUCUGAGCAUGGAGGUUGAGGACCUGAAGCCUUUCAAUGACCCAUCUUAUCAAAAGGAACAGAUAAAAAAGAUUAAGCAGCUGGAAAAGGAACUGUUGGUCACAAAGAUACAGCAUUCAGAUGAAAUGCACAAAAUUAAGAGCAGAUUUCUGCAGGCCAAGGAUGACUGUAAGAUGGACUUUCAGCAUAAGAUCCACGUUCUCACCAAGAGAGCAGAAGCAGCAGCAAUACAAUCUCUAAUUCAGCAUAUCAAACAAGUAAAAGCAGAGAAUUGGCAUCUGCGGCAGGAAUUGCUCAGACUCAUCCAAUACUCAAAAAUCCUUAAAGAAACUAAAGUUCAAUUGAGAGAGCAGCAGGAGCAGCUUCUUAGGGAGAACCAGUACAUUCAGGACAUGGCACACGCCAAGACACUGUCUACACAAGCAUCAGGUGCACAAUGCAACUGGUGAAACCUACAGGUCUCACAGCCUGUUCAGAUGUGCCCAUUAACCUCACUCAUGCCAGUGCCAGCAGACAUUGCUGGACUGCCAGCUGCUGCCACCAUUAACUAAGUAACAGUAUAGAGAAGAAAAUACUCUGUGGGAGGAUGGAUUGACACAGCUCAUGCUCAGCACAUGAUCCAGACAACAGAUCUUAAAAGUAACAUCAGCUGUAAACCAUCUAUAUUAAGACAUUUGAAACUGCAAUCCCUUCAUGUCCCAGAAUAAACAAUGACAUUUUCUCUUUGAAA